AUACAUUGAAACAUUGAAUGAAAGCAUGAUAUUUCAAAUGAAUCCACUGUGAUGCAUUACAUGGUACUUUGCUGGCUUUUGUAAAAUGUGAAAUUACAUCCCGUUUAUAUUAAACUCUUCACUAAUUAGGCCAUAUUAUACUAACACAUUAUAGUGUUAUUCUAAUUUGUGUGUUUGUGUGUUUCAGGGAUUGCUUCAUGCUGUGUCUGCUGAACAGCUGUACCAGUGUGGUGGCAGGGUUUGCUGUUUUCUCAGUUUUGGGAUUCAUGGCUCAUGAACAUGGCAAACCUAUAGCGGAGGUAGCAGAGUCAGGACCUGGUCUAGCUUUCAUAGCUUACCCCCAGGCAGUGGCAAUGAUACCCCUGCCUCAGGUGUGGGCAGUGUGCUUCUUCGUUAUGGUGAUGCUCCUGUGUCUGGACACAGAGUUUAUUGCUCUUGAAACCAUUGUUACAUCAGUGACGGACAUCUUUCCCAGAGUGCUACGCAGACCCAGGCACAGAGGACCGUUUCUCCUGGCCGUCUGCCUCUUUUGCUUUAUGAUUCAACUCAUCAUGACUACAGAGGGAGGGAUGUACUGGUUUCAGCUAUUUGACUACUAUGCCUGUAGUGGAGCCUGUGUCCUGUUUCUCUCUGUAUUUCAGACCUUGGCCAUUGGCUGGAUCUUUGGUGGGUUACACACCAAUUCCAAACGCAAUAUACUUUCCUGAACAUACAGUAUCAUAAGUACUAU